AUGUCCUACCAAAGCUCCGUGCCCCGACUGCUCGACAUGCUGGCCGGCUGGUCAAUUUUCAUCUUUGUUUUCGCCGGCAGCUGCUACCUCAUGGACCCGUGGCCGUGCGAGACUAGCCGGCCUUGGUCCCUACUUACCUGCCUGUUCUCCAACGUUGUGUACAGCGUCCAAGGCUUGAGCAACUACCUGUCGGCGUCGACCUGGUCGGUGAUUGCACGCAGGCUACACCUGAGCGUCCUGAUUUUAGCCCUCGUCUCCUCAAUUGGCGUGGAAUCUUUGGCCGAGUGGACCGGGUGGCCGCUCGGCGUGAGCGGCUGCGACGGCACGACAAUCCUGCGCUUCCAUUUUCGAGCUGUUGCUUUUUUACUGCUGCCGCACUUCUUCGCCAUAGCCGCUCUCGAGUUCCUGCCGCCGGGGCCGCGCACAACGGUUGUUGCCGGCUGGGCCACACGCGUUUUCCGUCGCUGCUGCCCGGAAAGCCUCCUCCGCCGCAACUGGAGAGCAGGCCCUGGCGAGGAGCAGAUCGCAAAGCCCGAUGAUGAGAAGCUGCGCUACUUUGAUGAUCCAGACGGCUCGGGCCGUUGA